UCUUCUCCAGUUUAAGUUUGAUUUAAACUAUUUCACAGGAUGGACAGUGGUAAAGAUACCACCCCAGACGCGGGUGCUGCCAUUGAGAGUAAAAAUGACGCAGAUACUUUCACAAAGGUGAAGUCUAAAAAGACUCAGAAACGAAAACGUGAGAAAGAUGCGGCGGACAUGGACACAGAAGAGCCCGUGGCGAGCAAGAGACCACAGUUUCCACCAAUAUCAGGCGACAAAUUAAAGGGACCAGAUGAAAUGCGCAAAAUCGCGGUCCCAGCUAACAGAUACACGCCACUGAAGGAAAACUGGCUGAAGAUUUUUACCCCAAUAGUAGAGAACCUACAGCUUCAAGUUAGAUUCAACCUCAAAACUAGGAAUGUUGAAAUCAAAACUUGCAAAGAAACACAGGACAUUGGCUCCCUCACUAAAGCAACCGAUUUUGUUAGAGCAUUUAUUCUGGGCUUCCAGGUUGAAGAUGCCUUAGCUCUAAUCAGAUUAGAUGAACUUUUCCUCGAGAGCUUCGAUGUCACAGACGUGAAACCUCUGAAGGGAGACCACUUAUCCAGAGCCAUCGGAAGAAUAGCAGGCAAGGGAGGAAAAACCAAAUUCACCAUUGAAAACGUCACAAAGACUCGCAUUGUGCUCGCAGACACGAAAGUUCACAUUUUAGGAUCUUUCCAGAAUAUCAAGAUGGCCCGGACAGCAAUAUGUAACUUAAUCUUAGGAAGUCCACCUUCAAAAGUCUAUGGCAACAUCAGGGUUGUGGCAAGCCGGACAGCCGAGAGAUUCUGAAUUCUCAUCGGCUGCUGUGUGUAUCUAUCCUUUCACCACAUUGGCCAGUAUAUUACCACUUUGGUCUGUGGUGAUAUGAUGAGACUGUUUUGGACUGACCUCCCAGAAUCCUCUGUAAUGGCUUCACGUUUGAAGCUGUCGGCUGGUUCUAUGCUAACGUGUUUGGAUCAGUUGAAGCAAAAUCUUGAUUCAUGCAUUAAAAAGUGUAAUUACAUGUAAGCAUGGGUUUGUGUAAAUAAAUAAAUUCAAUCCCCAGUGA